AUGCCAUCUUUCUGCAAUAGACGAUCUUCUUCAGGAUUAUCCGAACGAGAUAGACUCGACGCACUUCACGCAUUGUACGAGACUGUUCUGGAGCCAACCCAUUCUGAUAUCAUUAAUGCCCAUUUAUAUAACAUACAUCUUACUCAGAGGAGAACAGCAGUAUUGGACGUUGGUACUGGAACCGGCAAAUGGGCAAUACAUAUUGCCAACACCAACCAAUACAGCGAUGUGUUGGGUGUAGAUAUCGAUUGGAGAUUGAUGAAUCGAGAUGUUAAAUCGAAAUAUGGUAAUAUCGAUUUUGCUGCAGUUGAUGUCGAAGAACCAUUACCUUGGCCAAGAGGGAAAUUCGAUGUCAUACAUGUCAAAGGACUCUUACUCGAGAUCUCAAAUUACGUCCGUCUCAUCGAGAAACUCGCAAUGGUCUUGCGUCCUGGGGGGUUAUUGGUGAUUACAGAAGUAGAAACAAGCUACGUAUCUUCGACAGGACAGGAAUUACCGAGGAAUCUGAAACAAUGGGAUGCAUGUGUGGAAGCUGCGUUCGGCAGUAAAGGAAUCGAUGUGGAUUUCCCAAGUAAGAUCAAUCACUCGAUAGCUAAUUCCGGAGUAUUCGCCCAAAAUCCAUAUUGUCUGCAGCUGGCCAUACCGGCUGGAUCGUACAUGCGAGGAGACCCCCUGACACUAGCUGGAAGAGGUCAGAUGCACUCUCAAGUCCUCUUAUCAACUCUCAAGAAGAUAUUAUCUGUGUUGAUUGAAUAUGGGUAUAAUCAGAAUGAACUGGAGAAUCUCUUGCAAUCAUGUUUGGCCGAACUCUCAAACCCACAGGCGAGAUAUUAUCAGAGGUUAUUCGCAGUGUACGCUACCAAGAUCUAUUGA